AUGCACCCUCCAUGCCUUCUUCAAGUAUUAUUACUAAUUCUUUAUUGUUCUCAUCAAUUUGUGGCGGCGUUUUCAUGUCCAGAACCGAUUGGAACUCGUCCAAAGUAUUGCCGUAAAGAGUGCGUCACGGACGACGACUGUAAAAAGCAUAAACGCUGUAUGUGUGAUGGCGAAUGCGGGCUGAGCUGCGUGAAUCCAGCAUCUACAUGUCAUCCACUCGCAGAGAUCGACAAUGGAUAUAUUCGAACGGCUGGCGAGUUGAGAUUCGGGUCUAACGCCGAGUAUGCCUGCAAUAAAGGUUUUGUGCUCAUCGGUUCUUCUCAGCGGCGAUGUCAAGGCAAUCGUGAAUGGAGUGGAGCUCAGCCUACAUGCCGACUGCAGAUAAGAUGUGGCCCUCCACCGGAGAUACCAUACGCAGUUCACGAUGGCUCGUCCUUCUCAGGUGAAUACGAUCUGGAAGCUGAAGUCGCCUACUCGUGCGUACCAGGAUAUCAUAAGUUCUCCGCGAAGGGUCUCGCUUUAGCGAAAUGCCUGUUGAACCGAAAAAAUGUGGCUCAAUGGUUUGGGCCGGAUUUAAAAUGCAAAGCACGAUCUUGUCCGGAUCCCGGAAAACUGGACAACGGCAUUCGAGACGGUGAUGUUUUCGAAUAUCCACACACAGUGGUCUUCCAUUGUCUUCCCGGCUUUUUAUUGCUGGGCCCAGCGACGAGAAAAUGCGAAAGCAAUGGCGAAUGGUCCGACGAACCGCCGAUAUGUCAAGCCACCGAAUGCCCCCGUCCACCUGACCCCUUGCAUGGACGGGUUCUUGGCACAUCUCUCACCUACCAGUCCACUGUGACUUAUUCUUGCAAAGAAGGUUAUCGGCUGGUAGGGCAAGUACAGCGUAUUUGUCUUGCCGAAGGCACCUGGGCAGGAGUAGAACCAAAAUGCGAAGAGAUCCGGUGCCCAAAUUUGCCCAUGCUCAGUAACGGAUAUAUCGAAGGUGGCGAAACCUACUAUGGGGCUACUGCUACAUUCAGAUGCCUCGAAACAAUGACCCAUGAAGGAGCAACUAUGGCAAAGUGCAUGGAAUCCGGUCAAUGGAGUCAUCCGAUGCCGCGAUGCUUAGGCUCAUGCAGAAUUCCACACAUAGAAAAUGGCCGCAUCAAAGGCAAAGUGGAAAACCAGUUGAUAGCUUCGGGAGCCACCGUGGAACUGAUUUGUGAUCAACGACAUGAGGCUAACAUGCAAACCCGAAUGCAGUGUCAUAACGGGACAUGGAGUCACGUUCCAAUCUGUUCACCAUUGAAUUGCCAUGACUGGCCGCCUCGUGUCGCUCAUGCUCGUGUGUUGUUCUCAAAAUCGUCUCACGGAGCAAUAGCUAAGUAUGAAUGCAAUGGAGGAUACUAUCCGAACAAGGAAAAACAGACCAUCAAAUGUCUUUUCGGGCAAUGGACCAGAGAAGGAGGACCUCUCAAGUGUUUGCCAACUUGGUGCCAUCAUCCUUCAAGAACAUUCGGAACGCUAGCUGGAGGCCAAAUACUGCUGGAGGGUCAGAUGGGUGCAUACGAGUUUGCUAAAUAUAUUCAGAAAGUUGACGAAGGCCGGUCGAUUGUCUUCCAGUGUCGCAAAGGCAACUACCUUAUUGGUGGUCCUCCCAAGGCGUCGUGCGUUAACGGACAAUGGAUGCCGAAGAUGCGUCCAAAAUGCGUUUCGCAGACCCAUCCGAUGAUUGAAGGAAGAAUCACCUGGGACAGAAAAAAACGUAGCAUUGAAGGAUAUGGAGCCCCCAAUAGUUGCCAGCCAAUCAGCAGCACUGCAGAAAAGAUCGUUGUGGUCAACAAGGACGGCGAUAUUACGAUCAUUUGCAGAGACGGCUUCGAAUUCCCAUCUGAGUUCAUGGAUGGACGAUCUGUCUGCGUGAACGGAUCCUGGGCACCGCCUCCUCUGGAAUGUGUGCCAAAAUCUUGUCGAAUACCUGUGCGAUUACAUGUGUUUUUCCUGAAACAACGUACCUCCCAAAUUCUCCAGUCCGGUGAUGUCAUUGAAGAUGGGUCUACAGCAACGAUGAUCUGCUUGCGGGGGUUCCACCUUCAAGGCAAUGGUGUGCUCGAAUGUCAUCGCGGGCUUAUCAAGAACCAUCUAGGACAUUGUUACCCACAUGAAUGUCUUUUGCCUACUUUGAGUGUGGGAAGCAUUCACCCAUUAGUGCGAACAUUAGCCGACGGUCAGCAGGCUACAUUACUGUGCUCAACAAGGAACGUAACACUCACAUGCAGUCGUGGCGUAAUCAGCCCAUCACCUACUUGCAUGGCAAACGCAACUACAUUUUGUACUGCACCACGUGACACGACUCCGGCGUUCAUCUACAGUCUUCAAAAUGGUCACAGAAUUGAACUGGAUCGUUAUCAAACUGCGUAUCCGAAUGGAACAAUUUUUCAGUACAAGUGCGUAGAUAAUCGUGAGGAAGCAAGUGGAAUCGAGUGCGUGAAUGGGGAAUGGAUCAGCAAUCUAUUACCAUGUGUUUCGAAUAAUGAGACGGUCUACAGUGCAAAAAGCUUAUUCAACGACGGAAUGUGUCUACUUCCAAUGCUGGAUAAAACAUUACGGAUAGUGAAUAUCGAUAAUUACGUGCCACAAAAUCAUCAUAAGUUUGCUCAUGGAACAGUACUAAUGGUGGGUUGUGCCAUCGGCGGCAGAGCCGACGAUCAUAUGGAGCUUAAAUGUCGUCGCGGAAAAUGGAGCAAAAGGAAUCGUAUCAACUGCGACAUUCGUAAGAUUUACCAUUUUUCAUUCAUCAUAAGAAGCAAAUGCUUGUGCCUCGAAGGACUGGUGACUUCUGUAGGAUGUUGUGGACGGCUAGUCCGGUAA